AUGGAGUUUCCUCAUGUCAAAGAUGCGGCCUUUGGCGAGCGCGAGGGGAGCCUGGUGAGUACAUGUUGCUCACAGUUCGAGGAUGCCCUUCAGGAGUCGUCCAAAGCGUUCGAUCCUGACGUGCCUGCUGCGUGGCCAAAGGUCGUAGUCGACGAUGGCAUCCCUUCCAUUGAUCUGGAUUUCCGAAGCUUCGAUCGCGACUGCUUUCCAUUGAUAGAGCCAGGGCGCUUUUCUUUGGAACACAUCUUGCGACCGUCGGAUGAAGGACAACAUGCACAGAUUGAAGUCCUCGUUGACCACGCAGCAUCUGACACGAAGGUUGUGGCAAAGCGCUUCCCUCGGGAAUAUCUCCAGCAUAGUCCAGAAGUGUUUCAACAGACGAAGCCGGAGGAGCAGCUAGAGAAUCCCUGGACCGAGCUAUUCCUGGCUUUGAAGUUGGGCCAGGGCCCUGCGCGGAUGCGGGGUGUUGUCCCAUGCUGGGGCGUGUACAGAGACUCCCGGGAUGAUGUGCUCUUGAUGUUGGAGUGGUCUCCUGGUGGGGACCUCUUUGAACUUGCCAGCGACUUGGGGGAGGUCGGGCCAGAAAGGGAAGCUACCGCGGCGCAGGUGCUCUACUCUUUGCUGAACGUGGUUACACAGCUUCAUGCCUUGGGCAUCGCGCAUGGGGACGUAAGUGCCGAGAAUGCCAUCCUGCGCGUCAGUGGUGGUGAGGUGGAGGUGGCCCUUCUCGACUUCGCCAUGGCAUUGCACGACACUGACCUCUCGAAUGCGACGGGGGCUCGUGGAAAGCUGAUGUACCGGGCUCCAGAGACUCUUGGGGAGCACGCCGUCUACGAUGCCCGGGCAGCCGACUUGUUUGCAUGCGGGGUGGUAGGCUACGUCUUGGCGACUGGCACCUACCCUUGGCAGAGCACUGCUGGCGACUGCAAGGCCUAUUCCUACGUGCGACAGCACGGCAUGAAGCGCUUCCUCGACAAGAGGUUCAUAGGCAGCCACGAGCAGAGCUUUGAGUACGGGCAAGAUAGAAUCAUAGACGAUCAGAGAGCUCAGCACCAUGCGCCGCCUUUGCCAUGCUCUGCUGCUGCUGCUUUCGCAACGCCUGGCACGAUGCCCGCCGGCAUGCUGCCUGCUUCUGCCACUGCUCGUGCUUUGCCUUUGUUGCCUGCCUUUUCUGCGUCCGCUGCUCCUGCUGCUUCCGCACCUACUCCUCUUCCGACCGAUCUUUCAGCUUGUCCUCUGUCCCUUCGCGGGGAUCCAGAGGGCGCUCGGGCCCUUUUUGGGUCCGGGCCGGACGGCCGUGGUCCACCGAUUUCGGACCCGGCGUCCUUCCGCCCACCGCGCCCCGAUUCCUAUGGGCCGGUGGCUGGCCGCGGUGGAGCCUUGCUCCCCGAUGAGCCCAUGAGCGAGCAUCCGGGUGCACCCCAUGAUUCCGUCGCAACGAUUACCGCGGCGGGUCAUGGUGGUGCCGCCCCCGCCAUCGAUAACGGCGGGUGGCAUACCGGACCCUGUGCUGUCAGGGCCCUGGUCGAUGAAGCCAUUGGGUCGGAAGCAUCCGCGCGCAUCGCCACCGAUAUUCUGGCGAUCGCGCAGGGUGUGACCAACACCCAGGCCGACCUCGAUAGACUGAGGAACGGCGUCUCGGAUAUCACCGAAGCGCUUGAGAGCAAGAUCCGAGACAUGUGGGAGCUUCUUCAGGCCGAAUUGAGGAAAGAGCGUGAGCUGUUCAUGCAGUUUCAGGACUCUUUCCGCGAGAGGCGGAUUUCUGAUCACGAGACGCUUGAAGAUCAUUUUGCGAAGCUCACCUCGACGAUCAAUGAUCGACUUAUUGAGUUCGAUGAGCGGAUCCAUCAGUUCAACGAAAAGCGUGCUGGAUCGCUAUCCAUGCAGCUUGCCGAGACGAUCCGCCACAUCAAGCAGUACCCAGACGCGCUGCGGCAGAUUCAGAUCAAUAUCUCUAAUGCCGAAGCGCGUGUUGCUGCUGUGGAGCAGAAUGCUACUCACCGCAUCGAAGUCAUCAGAUCCGAGAUGAGUCGCGCUCUCUACGAUCAUAAGGAGAGUAACCGAGCUCAUAUCGAUCAGCUGACUGCUCGAAUCCAGCACCUCGAGAACGCUCAUGUCCGCAGAGGCGGUUCUGAUAGAUCGACGCCUUCGCGUCCAGAACGAACGCAGUUCUUCGAUAUCAGUGACCAUGGUGGGGAUAUUCCACGCCCUGCGGACCUGCCGCCAGUUCCAGGUGCUCUAUUCCCUGGCGGACCGACUACGGCCAUUCCGAGGUCUUCCCUGUUGGGUCCGAUCGAUCAUGGCUCUCCGCCGGGAUGCAACGCUGCGCCUGCUGAAAAAGCCUCAACGGUUCACUCUCAGACGAGUGGAAUCAAUCUCGAUGAAAUUCUGAGGCGAGCGCAGCAACGAGUCGCUGACGAACAAACAGCCGAAAGUCGUGGGCAAAAUAAUCCUGUUGAGCCCAUUCGCCAUAAUUUUGGCCAAACGUCGGCGUGUUUCUCAGGAAGAUCGCCGAAUCAGGCCGUUCCUUCCGCAAAUGCCGCCGGAGCGACUUCCGGUCAGACUCCGAGCCUCAGGCCAUUUCAAGUCGAUGAUGCUCCUCGCACUGACAUCCGACACGUCCCUGAAGCUCGGAGCUUCGCUCCUGAGCCCAGGUCAAGUGAGACCUUCCCAUGCCAAAUCUCCUAUGAUACCCGAACUGUCCCGGCUGGGAAGGGACCAUCACGAUGGUAUGAUGCGAUGCUUGGCCGGUCAAAUCUCAUUGGCAAUAGUGCUGGCGAUCCAAUUCUCCAUAGUGAGACCGGCACUUUUACCCUUGCACCGAACACGAGUGUUACUGCGACGCUUCAGCAUGAUGCAGCCAACGAUGCCAUGCCCCCGAUGCCUACCUUCAACGCCAGAACGUCCGUUCCUGCACCCAGUGUCGCGCCAUCCGGAUUUGGUGGACCGCCGCCCGCGCAUAACGGAGGCGGCGGUUAUUCUGGUGGUGAUGGCCCCAACGAUAACGGGGGUGCAUAUGGCGGUGGUUUCGGUGGACAUGGACACCACGGGUCCGGUUUUGGCCCCGGUGGAGGUGGUGGCCCACCUGACGGCCCACCUGGUGGUCCGCCUGGUGGUGGUGGCCCUCCUGAUGGGAGUGGUCCGCCUGAUGGCGGCCUUGAUCCGCCUAGCAUCAGGCCACCCGGUCGGCCGAGUGGGAGCGAUACAUUCCAGUGCGAACGCUGCGCCGGAACUUUCCCGACCACCAGACAGACUGGGAAUCCACCUGGUCCCAACGAUUCGGGAUUCGGUGGACCCAAGGGCGAUGGAUCGCUGAGCGAGGCCAAGAAGGCAAAGUGCAAGUCCUUUCGUCUCGAUCCCGAGCCGGAGCCUGCUCAGCUGCGACGCUGGAUCGUCGAUAUGAAAGAGCGAGUCGCGAACGCAUUCGCCUACGAUCCCGGAUACGCACUCUCAUGGGUUGAGAUUCCCGAUGGUACGCGAUAUGAGGAUCUCCUCGAUGAGUGCAAGUAUGGAAUGCUUGAAAAUGAAUGCAACUCUGCGUUCCGCGAGUGCGUCCGAUCCAUUGCACUGAACCCAAAGGCUCUUGCGUAA